AUGAGCAGAGCGGAAACCAAACGGAAGAAACAGGGACAUCCAGCAAAGGAAGCGAGAUUGGAAGACAAACACAAAGAGAAAUUCAAAUCGGAACCGUAUCUUCGGUCAAAAGUCAAAGAGAUACCAGCGUAUAACACCACACCUGGCGACAAGUACUAUUGCCGACACGUGUGUUGUGACAAGGAGAAGAAGCCCGAGAAGAAGGUGUCUUUCCGUGAUCGAAGGAAGGAUUCCCUUGUGGAGGAAGCAUUUUAUUCUGCUCAGUUCGAAUAUAUAAGGAACAACCUAUGUAUCAAAUUCUGUAUCGGGAACAGGGAUUUGUUCAGGUUGGUAUACAGUGUGGAGUAUAUUAUUACAUCGGCAAUAUACACGGUGUUCCUUAAUCAUAUGCGAAUAUUUAAGGGUGUAAAUCUACAUGAAAAAAUGUUAGUUUGCUUUAUAAACUAUGAUCCAAAAAUGUUUCCUUACUAA